AUGGCUUGGCGGUACGGGUCUGGAACUGGUAAUAGUGCCCCAAACACAAAUACCGGUAAUACAUUUACAUUUGGCACGAACCAGAACAGUUUAGCAGGACACGCGGCUACGGGGAGUGGUAUAUUUAGUAAUACUCCAAACGCCAUUUUUAAUGCAGGGGCAUUUUUACGUAGUAAUGCUGCUCCUGUUCUGGAUCCCAAACAACGAGAGGAAGCGGAAGGGGAGGAUGAGACAGAGUUUAACGAUGAAGUGAGUUCAAGUAGACGAGGUAGUACCAGUGUGUUGGAACACUCAAAAGGUACUAUUAAUAAUCAUAUGGUGGAAUCUUCACAGGGUCAACCUGUUUUUGGUCGUGCUAAUACUUCAAUAAAACCAUUAGGUGGUGCUUUCUUGCGUAAUAUAGCUCAACAAGGUAAUGCUUCUGAUACUACGAAUAGUACAAAUAAAACAUCAUGGGGGAAGAGUGUGUCGAAUAUUCAACCACGAAAACUUUUUGAGCGUUCAGUACUACCAACAGAUGCUGCAGAAUAUGAGGAUGAUUAUUAUGAGGAAGAUGGUGAAGAAGGAGAUCGUGAAUUUCUUCGAAACACCAAAGCAUUAUUUGCAGAGGUAGAUGCUGAUCUUCUCUCUGAUUCCUUUAUACCAUAUGAACAUGUUUUACAAAUUAUUUCUUCUGAUGAUGGAACAGAAGCUACUGCUGGUGAUAUUGAUGAUCGACUUUUGCCAUACUAUGAAUUACAAGAAGAAUUAGAUGAUUUAUUAGGAAAGUAUAUAGAAGUUCAUCAUGAUGAAUUUAAUGAAGCUAUUUCAGGAUUUUCUGAAUUAAUAUUGGCCGUUUCUGGUAGUGAUGAGAUGUUAGCACGUUUAAAACAGCAAUUAAUUAUGGCAACAGCAUCUCUUCAUAAUCGUUCGGAACAAUUACAAGUUUUGCGAAUGCGAGCUGCAAAGGCUCUUCUUAUGACUGAAUCACUUAAAGGUCUGGAAUCUUCUCUUUCAUGUGAAUCAGCAGUAAAACAGUUAAUUGCGACACAUCACUAUCUUGCAGCUCUUCGUUUAUUGAAGAAACAUAAAGAACGUUUAGAGAUGCCAGAGUUUACUGAUAUUCGUGCUACACAGACGUUGCGAGAUUAUGUAAAUGGAACAUUAGAAACCCUUCAUAAUACUAUUAUUGAUGAUUUAAUGAGUACUGUCUUUCGUCAGGGAAAAUUAAAUGAGGCGGAUGCUCAGUUAGUAGAUCGCAUGUUAGCAGAUGGUGCAUCUGAAAAACCAUCUGGUACAAUGGAUAAUCUUGAAAGAAUGUGUGAAGAAGCACAAAUGCGGGGAAGUGAUAUGGAUAAAUCUAUUGUAACAUUUUCUGGUUUUCUGGGUGAUAUUCACGAUGAUCCUACUGAUGAAGAUAUGAUACGAAAUUACCUACGCUUUAUUCCACUAUGUGUUCGAGCAUUAAAGGAACUUGAUAAAUUAGAUCUCUGUUAUGAAGCCUUUUUCUCUCAUGCGGCAUCUAAUAUUGAACAAACCAUUUCUCACUUCUUACGUCUCUACGGUGUUUGGCGUAGACGAGCCCUCAGCGCUAAUAGUGUCGCUGGAUGUUCAGAUGCCUCCACUGUUCGGGCCACUCGCGUACAGGGAAGAGAACGCGCCUCUACCAUUAUUUCUACUGAUGAGGCAGCGGCCGUCAUUCAAGCACCAGAACUGCGAGCCAUGUUGAAUGCUCUCUUUGCAGAGAUGGGGAAAGUUGUACGUAAUGCAGAUUAUCUUAUUAGAGUUAUUCUCACCAUACACUUUCCUUUUCUUGCCUCUUUUGUGAUUCAACCAGGAGGGUUUGAUCCAGAGCAAUCCUAUGAAAAUUGGGAUAUCUUACAUGCACCUAUUCGUGAUCUAAAGGAUUUUCAUGAAAUGGUUGCAUCUGCUUUUUCAACAGCACUUUCAAUGCGUGAAGGACUUCAACGACAUGUAGGGGAUGAAAGCCAGCAAAGUAUUGAUGAUGAUGAUAAUACAGAUAUAGUUUCACUAAAACGAUUAAUGGUAAAAUUUGAUGUAGAUGGUACAUUUGAAAAAUUUGAAUCAUCUGGAAAGGCUGUAUGUUUCCAAGAUGUACGUAAUGCUAUUAAUGUGGCAGGAGAAGCCGUAAAACACGAUUUCCCUGAAGAAGGAGAAGAGUUAGGAGCGUGUUGUUCUGAAGUGGAUAGUCUUAUAUUAUCUUCAUUACUACAGUAUUUCCGUCAUAAUGUAAAGGAAAUGUAUGAACAAUGGGAUCUGCGUGUUCUCUCUUCACAAGUUAGUUAUUAUAUUGAACUUAUCUUUCAUGUACUCUGUGAUGCCAAGGAGGUGGAGGAGGAUACCAGUGAUGAGAUUGCCCUUAAGGCAUUUCUCAAACAUCGCAAUCUUGUACGUCGUGUACAGAGAACAGCAGAAAUGAUGAAUAGUGGAAAUGUUGAAUCAUUCCCUUCACUUGAAAAGAUGUUAUCCGCUCAGGACGCAUCUGGAAUGCUUACAGUAGUGGAACAAACUGGACGUGUUUCUUUUAGUCUUGUGGCGGCUGUUAAAUGUGCACAACGAGACUUGCGAAGGUUUAAUGAAGGACAAGUACGUCAAUACGGUGGAGAUCCUGCUCUUGCAAUGGGAGAAGGAAAUAUUAAUAUAAAGAGUGGAGAUAACCGUGGUGGAUUACUCGUUUUAAAACAAGCAGGAACAUUAAAGAAUUGGUUUGUGUUAACACCAAUGAAUCUUUUAACGUGUUAUGAGUGUACCCGUCGUUUUUUUCAAUCUUGUAGUGAACGUGUCCCUCGUCUUUCGAAUGCUUUUCAGAAUGAAUUAAGAGAAUUUUUUCGUCACUUUCUACAAACAACUUAUAUACCUACAUUGUUUAUGUUUCAUGCCCAACAAUUACGGCAGUUGUGUGCGGGCGUCUCGGAAGGUGAUGGUUUAAUGGGAAGUGAAACUGUUUCUACUGGAGAGAGAGAUAAAACAACAUCCACGUGGUCUUCGGAACAGGCAACAUCGAUAGAACCACUUGUACACCACCAAAAGGGACAACAAAGUGGAAUUAAAUGGCCAACCGUUGAUGUUCGUCAAAGCAAUGGUACAACAAACAUUGGUAAAAACACCACCACUAAUAAUAAUAAUAAUAAUAAUAAUAAUAAUAAUAAUAAUAAUAAUAAUAAUAAUAUUGAUACUAAUAGUAAUAAUACUAAUACUAGUUAUCCCGUUUUGGCAUGCGUAUACUACGUUGGUCAAGUGCUUUAUAAGGUAUCUAGAAUAUGCCGUCUAUUCCCUGAUGUCCUUGCAGAAGGAAUUCAACAAAAUAUUGCAGAAACUCUUUUGACUGAACUUACUAUGUUUUUAAAAAAGAAACAACAUUUAAUUACACAAGGAUCGUUACACCAUCGUUUACUCUCUGCGAAUUUUGAAGAUGCAUUUUAUGAUAAUCCCGAUGCACGAUGGAAAGCACUAAGUGAUGAAACACAAUUACAUAGUGCUCAUAGUGCUGUUGAUGCUGAUAUUUUUCAAUACUACGCAUAUAAUAAUGAGCAACGCACAAGUGGUCAUCAAUAUAUUCGUACGACUCCAAGUAAUAUACAUGAGAUUUUUGGUGUAGCCGGGGGUGAGAGUACUACUGGAAGUGUUGAUAAGACUAUUCUGGAACCAUCUAUUGGUUCCAGUUCCGCAGCAGAAUUAGCACUGAAAGGAGAUAGUAUUAUUGUAGCACUUGCCAUUUUGUGUCAUUCUAUGGAAUGGCUGUGUGAUGUUGCCCUUUCCACACUUGGCCCAGAUGAUUGGCAAUUGGAAGAUAGCAGUAAGAGUCUUGUGCCUGGCACGGUGUUUUUUCAGCGAUAUGCACAAUGGUCUGAAUCUCCAGCAGCGGCUGCGGCGUUAGCAAUGACAACGGGAACGGGGGAUACAGCACGUUGGGUUCGUUUGAGUGGUAUUCUUAAACAAAUGUAUUCCCUUUCACAAGUGUGUCUCUUUUCUCUCUCUAUUGAGGCUCGAUUUGUUGCUUUUCAGUUUAUUCCACAAUUACGUGAUGAGUCCUAUAAUAUUGUGGCUACUGCAUCUUCUGCAGAUACAUUUAUUCAGGCAUACAAUCGUCGCAUCACGAGUUUUUUUGCACUUUUAAAAUUACACUUGUCGGAAAAUAAACUAAAAUAUAUAGGAAUUACGAUUGCGAAACCAUUAAGUGAUCUUAUAAUGGUAGAACUUUCUCAUUUGCGUGACAAAUCCAUUUCCCCUGCAGGACUCGCCCGACUGAAUGUGAAUUUACUUUCAAUAGAGACUGCACUCUUAUUACUCUUACCGAUUGAUGAUGAAGUGCGAGUGGCGGUGAAACAGCAGUUAAAGCGUCCCGCUACAUUUUUAAAGUAUUUGCCAAAUAAAGAUGUUACGAAUGAUCUCAUGACUAGUGGAGAUUAUAGACAGUUUUCCACUGAAGAAAUGGAAGAACUCUUAAGACUUGUUUUUCGCCAAGAGAAGAAUCAAGAAAUUGUGACACAACAGAUUGAACUAUUACAUGAAAAGCUGCGAAGUGUAGUUUCUACACUCGCCGCCGCUCAACGGCCAGCCUUAAAUGCGAUAACUCCUUCACAAUCAUUAUCAUUAACAUCCGUGCCACCUGUUGCAGGAAAACGAGAGCAGAAACCACAGGAAAAACAACCACCGAAAGUACAAGAAAAGGUACAACAAAAGGAAGAAGAAGAAGAGGAAGAGGAAGAAGAAUCAGAAGAAGAAGAAGAAUCGGAGGACAAUGAUGGUGAUGCUGAUAAGAUUGUACCGAAGACAGUGGAACGAGAAGGACCGCGAUAUGUGGAUCCUAACAGUGCCAUGGCUUCACCUCGUGGGCCGGCAGCAGCACAGGGUGCGAAACAAGGAGAGAUGCGGGGUCAAGUGCCUCAACACUCAAAGAACGAGUCGGAAGAGGAGGAAGAGGAAGAGGAAGAGGAGGAAGAAGAAGAAGAAGAGGAAGAAGAAGAAGUUGGUGAUUUUUCGCGUCACUAG